CAUGUUUCCGCACCAUGAGGGGCAGAUAUUUUGCAUUUUAUUCAGGGCUUUGUGUCCUGCUAACAUCACUGGAAACUAUUGCCCACAAGAACAGAGCUCCCUGUGCUCGAUGUCCACGGAAUGCCCACUGUACCAAUGCCACUUCCUGCCGCUGUGAUCCUGGAUUCACUUCUCUGUCUGGAGAGGUCAUCUUUAGCAACCCCUUGGAGGUCUGCACAGAUAUCAACGAGUGUGGCCCACCUCUAUACGUGUCUUGUGGAAGCUUUGCACAUUGUCACAAUGUUGAGGGGAGUCACUACUGUGAAUGUGCCUCUGGGCAUGAACUCCUUUCAGGGGGCACCAAAUUCCAAAGUGAGAAGGAGAACACUUGUCAAGAGUGUCUCUCAUUUCUUUGACAAAGUCCAGCAAUUAUCCCAAGACUUCAUGCCAGCCUUGGCCAAGAACACCAUCCAGGACCUCAUGAGGGAAGUAAGUGAGCUGCUGGAGACCCCAGGGGACCUGAAGACCCUGCCUCCCUCAGAGCAGCACUGUGUGGCCACUCACCUGCUUGUUGGCCUGGAGAAUGUCCUGAAAGUGCUAAGCAAGUUCCUGCCCAAUGGGCCAUUGACUGUUCAUGCUCCUGUAGGCACAGAACUGUCCCUGAAGGUGCAAGAGCAAGGAAUCAGGGAUGUCACCUUGAGCCAGAGCCAUGCAAAGAUGCAUCUGAACUGGGAUGUGGCACAUGAAUCCAGUGACUUUGGCCCUUCUGUGGUGGGCCUUGUCUCCAUUCCAGGGAUGGGCAGGUUGCUGGCUGAGGCCCCCCUCAUCCUGGAGCCUGAGAAGCAGGCAGUUCUGCAUGAUGCACACAAGGGCAUGCUGCGAGGCGUCUCCUCUGUCCUGUUCUCAGAUGUCAUCUCUGCCUUUAUGAGCAACAGGGACACCCAGAACCUAAGCUCCCCCAUCACCUUCAUCUUCUCCCAUGGUUCAGUGACCCCUGGGCCAAGGGAGGAGGUGUUCUGCGUCUUCUGGAAACAUGGUCAGAAUGGAUAUGGUCACUGGUCCACCAUGGGAUGCAGGAUGGUGGCCACCAGAGACACCAGCACCACCUGCCAGUGCACCCACCUCAGCACCUUUGCCAUCCUCAUGGCCCACUACAAUGUGCAGGAGGAGGAUCCCGUGCUGGCUGUGAUCACCUACCUGGGGCUGGGCCUCUCUCUCCUGUGCCUCCUCCUGGCAGCCCUCACCUUCCUGCUGUGCAAAACCAUCCAGAACACCAGCACCUUGAUCCACCUGCAGCUCUCAAUCUGCCUUUUUCUGGCCCACCUGCUCUUCCUCAUGGCCAUUGACCGGACUGAGAUCAAGGUGCUGUGCGCCAUCAUUGCCGGUGCCCUACACUAUCUCUACCUGGCGUCCUUCACCUGGAUGCUGCUGGAGGGUCUGCACCUCUUCCUCACUGCACGCAACCUGAUGGUGGUCAACUACUCCAGCGUGAGCAGGGUCAUGAAGAAGCUCAUGUUCCCUGUGGGCUAUGGAGUCCCGGCUAUAAUUGUGGCCAUUUCCGCCGCAUCCAGGCCUCACCUUUAUGGAACACCCACCCGAUGCUGGCUCCACACAGACAAAGGAUUCAUAUGGACCUUUCUUGGCCCUGUCUGCACCAUUUUCUCCAUUAAUUUGGUUUUCUUUCUGAUGACCUUCUGGAUUGUGAAAAACAAGCUCUCCUCCAUCAACGGAGAUGUGUCCACCCUCCAGAACACAAGGAUGCUGACAUUUAAAGCCACAGCUCAGCUGCUCAUCUUGGGCUGCACGUGGUGCCUGGGCAUCCUGCAGGUGGGUCCAGCUGCCCAUGUCAUGGCUUACCUCUUCACCGUCAUCAACAGCCUGCAGGGCUUCUUCAUCUUCCUGGUGUACUGCCUCCUCAGCCAGCAGGUCCAGGAACAAUAUAAGAAAUGGUUCAAAGGGGUCAGCAAAACCAAAGCCGAGUCAGAAAAGUACAUGCUCUCAAGUGGGACCAUGUCUGAUGCCUCCAAACACAGUGUGGACCCUGGAUUCUGCUUACCCUCAAGUCUGAGCAAGUACUAAAAAAGUGGAACAUGC